CAUAAAUCUCUUUCUUCCAAAGCAAAGCAAAGACUACUCCAGAAAAUUUAACCUACGUUUGCCUCCGAGUAAAAACGCAAUCAUCAUCAUGUUCAUGUCACUGUCUUCACGAACCUUUGUAGUGGUUUUGUGUUUUCUGUUCGUAAUCGCUCCAUACUUCACUAGAGCAACAACCGAUGGAGUUCGUGCUAGAUGUGACUCUAAACAAUUUAGGAACGGCAAACACUUCCGAUCUUGCAUUGACCUUCCGGUGUUAGACUCCUAUCUACACUUCAGUUAUAUUCGAGAAACCGGAGUACUUGAUGUUGCGUAUCGUCACACCAACGUCGAGAGUUCUAGUUGGAUUGCUUGGGGCAUAAACCCGACGAGUAAAGGCAUGUUAGGUGCUCAAAUUCUCUUGGCUUACCGUAACUCCUCGUCUGGUUUUAUGCGCGCAUAUACUUCCUCAAUCAAGGACUACUCAACUACGCUUCAAGAAGGAUCUCUCAGCUUUCACGUAAAACAACUUUCCGCUGAAUUUCUCAAUGGAGAGAUGACUAUAUUCGCCACUAUAGUCUUGCCUUCUAACACAACAGUCGUGAAUCAUUUAUGGCAAGACGGUCCGCUAAAAGAAGGUGAUAGACUUGGGAUGCAUGCUAUGAAUAGAGAUCAUCUCAAAUCCAUGGCUAAUUUGGACUUGUUGUCCGGACAAGUCACGACCACUAAAGCAGCUAACGAUAACAUGUUACUAGUCAAAAACAUUCAUGGACUAGUGAACGCUGUGUGUUGGGGGAUUUUCAUGCCCAUUGGUGUCUUGGCUGCAAGGUACAUGAGGACCUACAAAGGAUUAGAUCCCACUUGGUUUUACAUACACAUAUUUUUCCAAACCACUGGUUAUUUUGGUGGUUUAUUGGGAGGACUAGGAACUGCAAUCUACAUGGCUAAACACACGGGAAUGAGAUCUACACCGCAUACUGUGAUAGGGAUCUUUUUAUUCGCUCUAGGUUUUCUACAAAUACUUGCCCUCAAAGCAAGACCGGACAAGAACCACAAGUAUAGAAAAUAUUGGAAUUGGUACCAUCACACAGUGGGAUAUGUUGUGAUUGUACUAAGCGUCUACAACAUCUACAAAGGCUUAGCCAUCUUGCAACCCGGAAGCUCAUGGAAGAUUGCUUACAGUACCAUCAUUGGUGUCAUCGGAUUGUUUGCGAUCGUGAUGGAGAUCUUACAAUUUAACAAGAGGUGGGGUGGCUUAUGCUGCAAGAAAUCUAAGGACCUAGAAGCUGAUCAGACGGCUUGCAUUGAUGUCUAUGGAUUUUGGGUUUUUGGUUUCUCCAAUCCAGAUGGUUUCUUGAGCUUGUCCUGUGGCGGCUCAAGUUACACCGAGGCUUAUAACAUCUCAUGGGUUUCAGAUAACGAUUAUAUCGAAACAGGUAACACUACCACGGUUACUUACGCCGAGGGAAAUUCUACUUCCAGUGUUCCCAUCAGAUUCUUCCCGGAUUCUCAAGGUCGCCAAUGUUAUAAGUUACCUGUGAGGAAGGACUUUUCCUCUGUUCUGAUUCGGGCUACAUUCGUUUAUAGAAACUAUGAUAGCCAAAAUAGUCCUCCAGCAUUUCAUGUCUCUCUGGGAAGGAGAAUCACUAGUACUGUUGAUCUUAGAACCAAUGAUCCUUGGAUUGAAGAGUUGGUUUGGCCGGUCAACAAUGAUUCUCUUUUGCUUUGUUUGCUUGCGAUUAAAGGGAGAGGCAUUCCGGUUAUCUCUUCUCUAGAAGUACGGCCACUUCCUUUAGGUGCUUACAGAAACAGCCUGGAGGGUUCACCAAAUAUAAUUCUCAGGAGAAGUUACCGAAUCAAUAGUGGAUACACGAAUGGGACUAUCCGGUACCCUUCAGAUCCAUUUGAUCGAAUAUGGGAUCCGGAUCAAAGUUUUGCACCGUUUCAUGCCUCUUGGAGCUUCAAUGGACUCACAAAAUUGACUUCCUUCAACAUUACUGAGAAUCCACCAGAUUCUGUUCUUGAGACUGCAAGAAUUCUUGCUCGCAAAGACAGUCUCUCAUAUACCUUUUCUCUGCAUACACUAGGGGACUACUACAUUAUCCUCUAUUUUGCUGGGAUACUCUCACUCUCCCCUUCUUUUAGUGUGAUGAUCAACGACGAAGUCAAACAAUCUGAUUACACUGUGACUAGUUCAGAAGCUGGUACCUUGUACUUUACGCAAAAAAGAGUCAGUAAGUUAAACAUCACCCUUGGAAAAAUCAAGUUCAAUCCUCAAGUGAACGCUCUUGAGGUAUAUGAAAUCCUACAAAUCCCUGCUGAAGCUUCUUCUACCACAGCACUUAAAGUCAUAGAGCAAUUUACCGGGCAAGACCUUGGAUGGCAAGAAGACCCAUGCACACCGCUUCCUUGGAACCACAUCAAAUGUGAAGGAAACCGCGUUACAUCAUUGUUCCUUUCACAAAUCAACCUGAGGUCCAUUAGUCCAACAUUCGGAGACUUGCUCGAUCUCAAAACACUCGACUUGCAUAAUACAUCACUUACAGGAGCAAUACAGAAUGUAGGCAGCCUUAAGGAUCUCCAGAAACUGAAUUUGAGCUUUAAUCAGUUAAAAUCUUUCGGCUCCGAACUCGAAGAUCUGGUUAACCUUGAAGUUCUGGACCUGGAAAACAACAGCUUACAAGGAUCAGUUCCUGAAACAUUAGGAAAGCUGACGAAACUUCGUCUCCUGAAUCUGGAAAAAAAUAACUUAGUAGGUCCCAUGCCACAGUCUCUUAACAGAACAGGUCUUGAAGUCAGGAUAACGGGGAAUCCAUGCCUUUCGUUCACUUCAUUAUCAUGCAACAAUGUGUCUUCAACAAUUGACACACCACAAGUCACUAUCCCUAUCAAUAAGAAACACAAGAAACAGAACCGUAUAGCGAUCUUGCUUGGAGUUUCUGGUGGAGUCUUGUUUGCCACCUUUCUCGUCUUUGUUCUCAUGUCGAUUUACACGAGGAGACAGAGAAACAAAGAAAGAGAUAUAACCAGAGCACAACUGAAGAUGCAGAACUGGAACACUUCAAGAAUCUUUUCUCACAAAGAAAUCAAGUCAGCUACUAGGAAUUUCAAGGAAGUGAUUGGUCGUGGAAGUUUUGGAGCUGUAUAUCGUGGAAAACUACCAGAUGGAAAACAAGUUGCGGUCAAAGUGCGAUUUGACAGAACUCAACUUGGAGCUGAUUCUUUCAUCAAUGAGGUGCACCUUUUAUCUCAAAUCCGCCACCAAAAUCUAGUUUCAUUCGAGGGCUUCUGCUACGAACCAAAACGUCAAAUACUGGUGUAUGAGUAUCUGUCUGGUGGAUCCUUAGCUGACCACCUUUACGGUCCAAAAAGCAAAAGGCAUUCAUUGAACUGGGUUUCAAGACUAAAAGUUGCAGUUGAUGCUGCCAAAGGAUCACCAGAUUCUUUUAACUUGGUCUUAUGGGCUAGGCCAAACUUACAAGCAGGAGCAUUUGAGAUUGUGGAUGAUUUCUUGAAAGAUACAUUCGAUCCAGCGAGCAUGAGAAAAGCUGCUUCGAUUGCUAUAAGAUGUGUGGAGAGAGAUGCAUCUGGCAGACCGUCUAUCGCAGAAGUUUUGACUCAACUAAAAGAAGCGUACAGCCUUCAACUCUCAUAUCUAGCUGCUUCGGCACAUACAGACUGAUAACACAUCAUAAACAAAGAGUAAAUAAAUAUACUUUUAUCAA